AAGGCAGAGACUGGUUUGAGGUUUUUCAUGGUGAGUGUGCAGAAACAUGGAUGGCCAUCAAGAGUACGCGGUGACCAAGGCGUAGAAAAUGUGGAGAUAGCAAGAUCCAUGUUCACUGUGCGAGGAACAGGUCGUGGCAGCUUUAUAGCUGGGAAAAGUGUGCACAACCAAAGAGUGGAACGACUAUGGAGAGAUGUGUGGAACGCUGUAACAUCUCAGUACUACAACAUGCUUCACACCUUGGAGGAAGAGGGGUUUGUAGACCUCUCAAAUGCUGUUCACCUCUUCUGUCUUGGGUACGUUUUCAUUCCACGUCUACAAGCAGACCUUCAAAACUUUUUAGAGACAUGGAAUUAUCACCCCUUGAGGACCGAAGCAAACCUGUCCCCUAAUCAGCUUUGGAGAAUUGGGAGGAUGCAAGUACCGGUGCAAGAGCCAGAUCUGUCUGAGAUCGAACACUUGCAUGACCAGGAAGCUUGUGGUGCUGAUCCUGAACAUGGAGUCAUAGUACCAGAAACUGCAUGCCCCUUGUCAGCUGAGGCUCUUGCUGCCUUACAAGAUAUUAACCCCACUGCAGAGUCCUCUUCUCUUGGGCGGGAUAUCUAUAUGCAUGCUCUUCAAUUGGUCUCAUUCCUUAUGAUGCAGCAAAGUUGGUGAUGACGGUGAUGUGGGGUUCCAACAACUACAAGAGGACCUAAGGGCCAUAUCCACACAGCAACUCCUUACACAAG